AUGGAUUUAGCAUAAAGCGAAGAAAGAUAUUAAAAAUUGGAAAAAAUAGGAGAAGGAACAUAUGGAUUAGUAUACAAAGCAAGAGAUAAUCAAACUGGCGAUAUAGUGGCAUUAAAAAAAAUAAGAAUGGAUCAUGAAGACGAAGGUGUUCCAUCUACUGCAAUUAGAGAAAUUUCAUUAUUAAAAGAAGUUCAACAUCCAAAUAUUGUUCCACUGAAAGAUGUAGUUUAUGAUGAAUCAAGAUUAUAUUUAAUAUUUGAUUUUGUAGAUUUAGAUCUAAAAAAAUAUAUGGAGAGCGUACCUUAGUUAGAUAGAAUGCAAGUGAAGAAGUUCAUAAAUUAAAUGAUACAAGCCUUAAACUAUUGUCAUUAAAAUAGAGUCAUUCACAGAGACUUAAAACCAUAAAAUAUCCUAGUAGAUAUCAAAUAAUAAAAUACCUAAAUCGCAGAUUUCGGAUUGGCUAGAGCAUUUGGCUUACCUUUAAAAACUUACACCCAUGAAGUUAUAACCCUAUGGUAUAGAGCCCCUGAGAUUUUACUUGGGUAAAGAUAAUACUCAACACCAGUAGAUAUUUGGUCAUUGGGAUGCAUCUUUGCUGAAAUGGCACAAAAAAGACCAUUAUUUUGUGGAGAUUCAGAAAUAGAUUAGUUAUUUAAGAUAUUUAAAAUUAUGGGCACUCCUAAAGAAUCUACUUGGCCUGGUGUUAGCACUUUACCUGACUUUAAGAGUACCUUCCCAAGAUGGCCAACCCCUACUAAUCCAGCUGCAACGUUAGGAAAAGAUAUUACUAAUUUAUGUCCACUAGGAUUAGAUCUCCUUUCUAAAAUGAUAACAUAUGAUCCUUAUGCUAGAAUCACUGCAGAGGAAGCCCUAAAACAUGCUUAUUUUGAUGAUUUAAAUAACUGA